CAGCCAGCCAGGCGGCGGCGGCCGGACGCGGGUGGCCGCGGGCUCAGCCGCGGUGCGGGGCCCAUGGCGGCGGCGGCGGCGGCGGGGACGGCGGGGACGGCGGGGACGGCGGGCGCCCAGGCGGCCGAGGGGCCCCCGGGGCCGGCGGCGGCGCUGGAGCUGUGGCUCAAUAAAGCCACAGACCCAAGCAUGCCAGAACAGGAUUGGUCAGCUAUCCAGAACUUCUGUGACCAGGUGAACACUGAUCCCAAUGGCCCAACCCAUGCGCCCUGGCUGCUGGCCCAUAAGAUCCAGUCUCCACAAGAGAAAGAAGCUCUUUAUGCCUUAACGGUGCUGGAGACGUGUGUGAACCACUGUGGAGAGAAGUUCCACAACGAGGUGGCCAAGUUCCGCUUCCUGAAUGAGCUGAUCAAAGUGCUGUCCCCAAAGUACCUAGGGUCCUGGACCACAGAAAAGGUUAAAGGAAGAGUCAUCGAAAUCCUCUUCAGCUGGACAGUCUGGUUUCCAGAAGACAUUAAGAUCCGAGAUGCUUAUCAGAUGCUGAAGAAACAAGGAAUCAUAAAGCAAGACCCUAAACUACCAGUGGAUAAAAUCUUGCCCCCACCUUCUCCCUGGCCCAGGAGCUCCAUCUUCGAUGCUGAUGAAGAAAAGUCAAAGCUUCUGACAAGGCUUCUGAAGAGCAGCCACCCUGAGGAUCUGCAGGCUGCGAAUCGGCUGAUCAAGAGUUUGGUCAAGGAGGAGCAAGAGAAGUCAGAGAAGGUGUCCAAGAGAGUCAGUGCCGUGGAGGAAGUGCGGAGCCACGUGAAGGUGCUGCAGGAAAUGCUGGGCAGGUAUCGCAGGCCGGGACAGGCUCCACCAGACCAGGAGGCCCUGCAGGUUGUGUAUGAGAGGUGUGAGAAGCUGCGGCCCACCCUGUUCCGGCUGGCGAGUGACACUGUGGACGAUGACGACGCACUAGCGGAGAUUCUCCAGGCAAAUGACCUCCUCACCCAGGGGGUUCUGCUGUACAAACAGGUGAUGGAGGGCCGUGUCAUCUUUGGGAACACAGUGACCAGCACAGCAGGAGACACACCUGACUCCGACUCCAGAGUCUUGCAGAGUCCAGCAGCCUGCCCGAGGAGCUGCCUGAUCGACUUGGAGCUGGACAGUGAGUCUGAGCAGGCUGGGCCUGGGGCACCGUCUCUGCUUCAUCAGGACCUGGCAGCCUUAGGAAUCAGUGAUGCUCCAGUUAUCAGCAAGGUUGCCGGGCAGAGUUGCUGUAAGGAAAAGAGGAAUCCUGCAGGCACACUGCCGGGUGGCGGUGUUCAGAGCCCAUCAGCAGAGAGGAGUGUGCUGGACCUCCUCUCCCCACAGCCACCUUCGGGCGCCCUGAAUUAUAUUCCACAGAAAAAUAUCCCCAAGGAAGUUCCACCAGGGACUAAGUCCUCUCCAGGUUGGUCCUGGGAGGCUGGCCCAUUGGCUUCGUCUUCCUCUUCUCAGAAUACACCUCUGGCCCAAGUGUUUGUCCCUUUGGAGUCUGUUAAGCCCAGCAGCCUGCCUCCGAUCAUUGUGUACGACCGGAACGGAUUCCGAAUUCUGCUCCACUUUUCCCAGACGGGGGCCCCUGGCCACCCCGAGGUGCAGGUGCUCCUGUUGACCAUGAUGAGCACUGCCACCCAGCCUGUCUGGGACAUCAUGUUUCAGGUGGCCGUGCCAAAGUCAAUGAGAGUGAAACUGCAGCCGGCAUCCAGCUCCCAGCUCCCAGCGUUCAGUCCUCUGAUGCCUCCAGCCGUGAUCUCUCAGAUGCUGCUGCUUGACAAUCCACACAAAGAGCCAAUCCGGUUACGGUAUAAGCUGACAUUCAACCAGGGUGGACAGCCUUUCAGCGAAGUUGGAGAAGUGAAAGACUUUCCAGACCUGGCAGUCUUGGGUGCAGCCUAACUUUUCUCAAGACACACCCUGCCAUUCAAGUGUAGGCAGUGUUCCUUGUGCUGUCUCGAUGGGACUGAUCACAGUGACUGAGUGCGGAGUGCCAGGAGUGCUGCCCUGGUGCAGGCUCCACAUGCCAGUUUCUGGCUUGUUUUGUAGUGUGUGUGUGUGGGUGGGUGUGUGUGGAUUUUUGUUACAUUCACACCUGCUACGAGCAUAUCUGUUUCUGUAUGUUGGGACACUGAUCCCCCAGCCUCAGGUGGGAUGUUUUAUAGCCAAAGCUAUUGUUCUCAUGUAUUACCUUUUCACUCAUCCUCUCUGUGCCUUGUCAGCCUUUGAAAGUCUUGUUGCUCCCAGGUUGCUCCCCUCUGGGACCUUAAAAGGGACCUAGUGGGUCUUGGGGCAGAGAGUGUCUUCUGGGGCACUGUUUCAAGAGAGACCUGUCUCCAUUUCCACUAGAGAAUGCUGCUGGCACGUGUUCCAGAAGAUCUUCUAAAUGGAAUGUUUGCCGCACUGUUUUCCAGGCAAGAGGCUGCACCGACCAGAGGACCACACUGGUGGGCCAAUCAUGUUCUUCACCACUGUGCCUUAGAAUCACCCACAGCUGGGCCUCAGGGCAGAGGGGAACGCAGAUCCCAGGCCUUAUUCCGGCCGUAGGUUCCAUGGGUUGUGCAGCUGCAGCCUGUCGGCCCUUACUCAGGACCCUCAUCUCCAUCCUCUGUCUCCACAGGCGUGUACUCAGAGCCCUGUGUGACACAGUGCCAGUCAUUGUCAGUUGUAGCGAGCAGGCUCCCCCUCGUCUGUUGCCUUCACAACCCAAGGUGAACUGUGAGCAAAUAGAUACGAAAAGAGCUUAACAGUGAUUUAAGUGGUGACUAAAUACAGAAAGUCAUUGAAUAAAUACCUGUGUAGCAAAUAUACUUUGUGGAGUUUUGAGUAAGUAGGAGGUGCAAAGCCCAUUGCAUUCAGAGAAGAUCGGCCCAAAGGGAACUGGCCUCUAUUGAGGACGGAAGGAAGACUUCAUGAGGGAUCAGGACCUCAGUCGUUCAGUGAAGACACAAGCCCCUGGGUCUGAACUGUGCUGGAAAGAGAUGUGGAUUUUUGUUACAGUCACAGUUCAAAGGAAAGUCCAGGUGUACAGUGAAUACUGAGCACCCACUCUGUGCUUGAUUGACAAGUCCUGCGUGGUCUGGUUGGUGGGCGACGAAAGCUGACCCUGCUGAUGCCUGAAGAAGGACUGGUGUGGGCAGGAUUCUACCUCAGAAACUGCAAGGCUCUGUUUGGGGCUUUUUAUCACAAAAUGCGGCACUCCACAGGCUGAUCUUUCACCGUCUACAUCUAGUUGGAAAUCUGCCAACACUGAUUGGUGGGGAAAGGUGCUAUAAAAGAUCAAGGCAUGCUAAUUUUUAAACAUACGAGAAAACUCAUAAAACAUAAAUGAUUGGGUGAUUUCUUUAUUUGGCAUAAUGCACAUAAGGUUCAUUUUAAUCUAACGUUACUUUUAUGCUCACAUGCUCGGUAUAGCUUUUAUAGACUCUAGCUAUUUCACAGUCUGUAGUGAUAAUGUCAGCCUAGGAAGAACUGCCACCAAAAUGUGUGAAUGAGACAUCGUUCUGAGGUGAACCUGUGUGUCUGACCUUCUCUGUCUUCUGCAGUGGUGAUCUGCUUAGGUGGUGGUGGACAGAAUAAGGGGCGGGGGGUGAUGGCGGUCCUGAAUAUGGCCCUGAUUUAUGUUAUCAGUGCCUUCUAGUUACCAAGUUCAGUGACCACUCAAAGCUCAAUCCUUAUCCUCUUAUUCACCCAAGUAUUUGACCAGCUACUAUGAGGCAGACACUUGUAGGCCCUGCGGAUACGGCAGCAUCAGAGUCCCUACCCUUCUGCAUCUUCUGUUCUAGUGGGGGGAGAAAAAUCCAUAUUCCCUGGUGGAGGGGCCAGUAUUUUCCCUGUCCUGAACUCCGGGGAUCCUGCUCACUCCAGUUGUUGACCUGUCUCUGACUGUUCUAUUCUGUCCCUGAAGUGGUGUUUCCCCAGGGUUCAGUCCUCAGUUCUUUUCUAAGCACUGUGGGCAGUUCACCUCUAGAGGGUCCUAGACCUCUGUCUCAAGCUUCCACCUUCUUGCCGACAUCAGACCCAUGUUUCAAGCCAGCAGUGGAUCUCUCUACCUGGAGGUUCCACUAUUGCCUCAAACUCCAAAUGUUUUGAAUGGAACCCAACCUCCUCCCUGUUUCCACCCAUAUUUUCUUUUUACUAUUUGUUUUUAAAUCCUUACUGGAAGAUAUUUUUCCAUUGUUUUUAGAUAGAGUGAAAGGGGUGGGGGUGAGAGAAACAUCAGUGUGAGAGAGACACAUCAGUUGGUUGCCUCUCCCACACACCCCAAAUGGGACUGGGGAAUGAACCUGCAACCCAGGUAUGAGCCCUUGACCAGGAAUGGAACUGUGACCCUUUGGUGAGUGGGCUGACACUAACCACUGAGACCCACUGGCCAGGACUAAAUUUUCUAUUUGAAAGCACCUAUCUGAGCCUCAUGGACCCUUCAUUCCUGCUCCAUCCAUUCCACUUGGUACCCUUGUCUCGAGUCUUUAUUUCUAAAUACCACCACAUCUUGCUCUCCCUGCAUCACACUAGUUGCCUGCCUCUCACUUCUCUGAGCCAUGGUACUUGCUACCACCAGAAUUCUCUAACAAAUCUGGGUACUUGAUCCCUUUCUGGAAAAUUCUGAGUGGUUCUUAUGCCUGAAAAGCCUAUGCAAUCAUUCAAGUUGCUUACACUAGCAUUCAGUGCCCCCCCGCCACUGUGUGCCCUGCUCACUGGCAUCUGCCAAAAAUAGAACAGACUUUCCACAGCCACAGGUAGCUUGUCAGGUUUUGAUGUGUUCUCCUGUCUCUCUGGCCCCUGCAGUUAGCUCCUCCCCUCAUCUCUUCAAUGAGUGGAAAAUGCCGCUUUACCUGCUUCACUGAGCAUCACAGGGCUAUGGAGACCGUAGGUGGUGAAAGGAUAAAUGACUUAAGAACCAAAAGAACAUGAGUAUUACCAUUAAAAAGAAUGUAGAGUGAGAAUAUACAAGGGAGAAAGCGAUAUUCUAAAAUGCACAGUGCUGGACUACUACGGUGUUUACGAGUCACACAUUCUGUCAGUACAUUCCACUAUAGAAGACACCAGCCCAAACCAUAAAAAUCUGUCAACUAGGUUAACUAAGAAAAUAGCAGCAUUGUGUCCUGGAAUACUAGCUAUGGUUUUUUGUUGUUUUUAAAGGUGUGGUUUGACACUCCCAUCUGGAAAGAGUUGGAGCCAAACAAGGACAAAGCAGGGAGUGUCCUCAGAUAAGAUUAUACAGUUAAGGCACACUUAUUUU